AUGACGAUCCCCAGAGUCACAUCCCGCGUUCAAUUCCAGGGCCGAGCCAAACAGGGCGGGAAAAACAACAAGCAGCGCCCAGUGACGCCGAAAGCAAAACCGACAAACAACGACGCGCAUGGCCCGACAAAGGCUCCUAGAGGUAGACGCCGCUACUUUGAACGCUGCUGUCACCAGAUGAACCCGCUGACUGGCUCAGUGUACACACUCUCUGUUGAAUCUGACAACUUCGACUAUGAUGACGAUGAAAAUCCUGUUGACGAGGACGCGAGACCUUUCCUCAAGAAGCGUGUGCUAACUACAGAUGAUCAAGAGUCUGAUGGCGCCUUCAAAAGCGGUCUCCGAACUGCACUAAUACUUUGCAGAGCUCCCCUCAUUUCAAAUAAGCCAAACGUUGCCGUUAGUAAUGCAGAUGAGCAUGAUCACGAGUUGGGCGGCGCUUCUCAGAGCGGUCAUCCAGUUGAACCAAAAGACUCCUGUGUUCCAUCUAUCCCAGCCAGUCUAGAUGCGCCAGAUAGCAUCACAGAUGAGGAUUGCGACCCAUCUAACUCCCUUCUGUUACAGGCACCACUAUGGUCGUGGCCGACAGAUUGGUUUCCGGCAGACUCUUUACCAGUAGCACCAGAGACUACAACAGAUUCAUCUCCAGAGGGAGAAGAUGAUACGGUAGAUCUAUCCCAAGUGGCGGAGGACACAAUAGUAAAUUCAUCGCCAGUGGUAGAAGAGACGAGAACCGAUCUAUCAACAGUGGCAGAGGAGUCUACGGCAGUCUCAUUGUCGGCGGCGCCAGAUAGUACGGCAGUCUCAUCAUCAGUGACAGCAGAUACUAUAUCAGAUCUUUCAUCAGUGUCGGCAAAUACUACAUCGGAUUUAUUAUCAGAAUCGGCAGAUGUUACAGCAGGCUCGUCAUCAGCGGCGACAGUUACUACAGCAGACUUAUACCCAGCCGCUGCAGUUACUACAGUAAACUUGACUCCAGUGACGGCAACUCCUACAGCGAAUUCUGCCCCAGAGGUAGUGCAGGGCACAACAGCACCCUCUCUAGGAUCAUGGCAUCAGUGGAUCGUUAACCUCUUCGCGGGAUGUAAGUCAGGUCAGACCGAGACUAAAAAGUCCAGCAGCUCUCCUCAGUCAGCUCCCGAACAGCCUGUUUCGGUCAUCUCUUGGGUUAGGGAGCGCAGCGAUUCCGGACCAAAGAUUGUACCACCUCCAUUGCCGCGACUGGAACUCCCAAAAGUCCUGAUCGAAACUCGCAAUAAGAAGAACACAAUCACUGACGGCCCAGGCCGUGAAGUCGCCAUCUAUCCACCACCUUACAAUGAUUUCAUCGGCCGUGCCGUGAUGAGUGGGGACGCAGAUAACGCGACAGCAUUGCAGCGCGGCUUCAGAGUAGCAAGCAACCCUCACCUCGCUCCACUCGCCCAACGCCGCAACAACUCUGAUAGCAGUUUGCUGGACCGCAAUGGCGAUACAUGGGCUGAAUGGAACAAACUGAACAUCACUGCUGAUGCCAUGCCUUUCAAAACCCCUCAGUCAGACAGCAGUUUGCUGCACCCUCAGUCUGGAGCGAGGAUGGUGCGAAACACCAGUAUGUACAGCGCUGAGCAGACCAAGGGCCAGACCGGUCAUAGCUUCCUUGAGGAUGCUGGACAUCGAUACCCUUUCGGAGGGCUGGGCUUGUAA